UCUCUUUAUUUUUUCUCAAUCCCCAUUAACAUCUCCACAAUCCCAAUAGAAUGGGGAGACAGCCGCGUCUCCCUUUCCUCGUCGCUUCCUCGUCCCGCCGUCGCCUCCCUGCUCGCCGUCGCCUCCCGCUGUCGCCAUGGCCGCCGACGAGCACGCUCCCUACCAGCCGCCCGCCGUCGCUGCUCUGCGCCAUGAACUCCUCGAGGCGGCGGAGGAGGAGGGGGGCGCAGCGCGCGCCGCGCGAGGAGGAGGAGGAGAGGCGCCGCGGCGGGGUGUGGCGGAGGAGGCGCCGGCGCCGGCGCCGGCGCGGCCGCAGCCUGGGCGGCAGCUGGUGGCGGCUGUGCCGGGACCACGGCGACGGCGGGCCGCUGAUGUUGCUGGGCGAGUUCCUGGACAUGGAGCGGCAGCUCGCGGGGGCCGACUUCCUCUGCGACGGCGCCGGUGCCUCGGGGCGUGAAGCCGCCGUGGCGGCGGCCACCGCGCUGUUCGAGGACGGCAGGUUGCGGCCCCCGCAGCCGGCAGCGGCUGCCGCGGCGGAGGAGCGCGGGAGGUGGCGACUGCUGCGGGCGUCGGAAGGCUCGUCGUCGCUGGCGCGGCUGCCGGUGCUGCUCACCGGCAUCUGCAGCGGCGGCGCGGGGUAACAAGCAGACCAAAACCGCGAAGAAGCGGCCGGGAGGCGGCGCGCGAGGGCCCGGGC